UGGCUGUUGCCUAUGGGGAUCCGGGAGUUCCCGGGCGCUGUACCCGGGGGCAAGACCAUCGCUGUCGGCAUGAGGAGGUCGCCGGACGUCAGCCCCCGGAGACUGUCCGACAUCAGCCCUCAGCUCCGGCAGCUCAAGUACUUGGUGGUGGACGAGGCCAUCAAGGAGGACCUGAAAUGGUCGCGCUCCGUGGAGGACCUGACCAGCGCGCCCGCCGGGCUCACGUCCAUCGAGGAGCGGAUCCUCCGCAUCACCGGCUACUAUGGCUACCAGCCCUGGUCCGCCAGCUACAAAAGGGAGGAGCGGCCGCGGGACGUCCUGGCCCCAGCGGCCACGACCACGGGGGAGGCCCAGGCUGGAGCCGGGCCCGAGGGCGGGCGGACUGGCCAGCUGUGUUGGCGCUGCUCCCGCGAGCAGCUCCAGAAGGCCUUCUGGGGCGUGGCGGUGGUGCUGUGCGUGUGCGCCUCCUGGGCCGGCUCCACACAGCUGGCCAAGCUCACCUUCAAGACCUUUGACGCGCCCUUCACCCUCACCUGGUUUGCCACCAACUGGAACUUUCUCUUCUUCCCACUGUACUAUGCGGGCCACGUCUGCAAGUCGGCAGAGAAGCAGUCUGUGAAGCAGAGAUUCCGGGAAUGCUGUCGGUUUUUUGGAGACAAUGGCUUGACUUUGAAGGUGUUUUUUACCAAGGCAGCACCCUUUGGUGUUCUUUGGACACUCACAAACUACCUGUACUUACACGCAAUAAAGAAAAUAAACACUACGGAUGUCUCCGUCUUGUUCUGCUGCAACAAAGCUUUUGUGUUCUUGCUCUCGUGGAUCGUGCUCAGGGACAGGUUCAUGGGAGUGAGGAUUGUGGCAGCCAUCCUCGCCAUUGCUGGUAUUGUGAUGAUGACCUAUGCAGAUGGGUUCCACAGCCACUCUGUGAUUGGCAUAGCGCUGGUGGUGGGCUCAGCCUCCAUGUCUGCCCUUUACAAGGUGUUGUUCAAACUCCUCCUUGGCAGUGCUAAGUUUGGAGAAGCGGCCUUAUUUUUGUCCAUUUUGGGUGUGUUUAACAUCCUCUUCAUCACCUGUAUUCCUGUCAUUCUCUACUUCACCAAAGUGGAAUACUGGAGCUCUUUUGAUGACAUUCCAUGGGGAACCCUUUGUGGAUUUUCAGUUCUCUUAUUGACAUUCAAUAUUGUAUUAAAUUUUGGAAUUGCUGUUACAUAUCCUACUCUGAUGUCCCUUGGGAUUGUCCUCAGUGUACCUGUGAAUGCAGUGGUCGACCACUACACGAGUAAGAUCGUUUUCAACGGAGUCCGGGUCAUCGCCAUCAUCAUCAUCGGCCUGGGCUUCCUCCUGCUGCUGCUGCCUGAGGAGUGGGACGUCUGGCUGAUCAAGCUGCUCACCCGCCUCAAAGUGAGGAAAAAGGAGGAGACGGCCGAGGGCAGCGGCGACCCGGCCUCAGGACCGCAGGGCCGGAGCCGGCGGCCAGCGCACCCGUCCUUUGCCCGCUGA